AUGUUAUCACGGGGGUCCUUCAGGCAGGAGGACUCGGCCUCGGGGGCAACGUCUCACAACCUUGGCUUUGAAGUGCAAGAAGAAGGCUAUUUGGCGAAAAUCUUAGUGGCAGAAGGCACAAGGGAUGUGCCUUUGGGAACGCCGUUGUGCAUCAUCGUGGAGAGGGAGUCGGACAUCGCCGCCUUUGCAGACUACAGAGAUGCCGGAGUGACCGAGAUCAAACCUCCAGCGCCGCCACCACCCACUCCUGCCCGGGCAGCAGAACCCCCUCCUAUGGCAGCGCCAGCAGCAACGCCGGCUGCAGCCGCCCCACCAGGAGUCUUUACGGAUAUUCCCAUCAGCAAUAUUCGCAAGGUCAUUGCCCAGCGUUUGAUGCAGUCCAAGCAAACGAUACCUCACUAUUACCUCUCCAUCGAUGUCGACAUGGGAGACAUAUUGGUGCUAAGAAAAGAACUCAACCAGGUAAUGUGCAUCGUGGAGGGUUGCAGUGGAUAUUCCGUAAAAGGGAAUUUUGGCCUCUUGUCUCAUCGGUUUCCCAACCCCCUUUCAAUGAUUUGUUUCCCCCUUUCAAGUUGUCAACAUUUGAGCCCGUUCCGCACUGUGCCUCCUCACCAUGGAUGUCCCAGCCCUGUCGAGGCUUGCAUCUGUUCUUCUAGAACACAGAAUUUGUAACUUGAGAUGAAAGACUGUAGGGCGGAGAGGCAUAUCUGUAGAAGCGGAUGGGUUUCACACCCCUGGGAGAAGAGCGGCAUGCUCUCAUUAGGACAGAAGGACAGGAGAAAGA